UGACCGUCGUAAGGCGCUUCUUGCCGUUGAAAGAGCAAGGAAGAGGUGGCCAAGGACGGCUUUUUUCCAUCAGAGCCCUGAAUCCAGAAUGACUUACGGUGAUUUUUCUGGGUCAGGGAGUCAUGGACCAUUGGUCCUGAUUUGCUGGGUUGAGGGGACCUGUUAGUCUCAGUCUGGGUUUGUCUUUAGCUGCAGAAACGUCUUGUGUUUGGAGGUUGAACCGACAGGAAGAGCUCUUGGCUUGACCUCAGACAUUGAACUCAGACAUCGAGUUGCUUCCACUACUUGUUUCAUCGUGUUUCCCGUCCUGGCGGCCCAUGUUGCCACUGCCUGUGGCCAGAUCCAGAUGCGGCAUGUUUCGCAUGCAAGCUAGCAUGGCUCACAUGCCCAAGUUCACGUGGAAGCAGCUCCGGCCAACUCCUGAUGCGGCCAAGGGUGUGCCCUGCGAACGAAGCUCGCAUGGCCUCUCGUUCCUCCCCAGAGAUGGGGGUGGAUCCAGAUUGAUCCUCUAUGGUGGCGAGAGGGUGGCCCGAACGCCCCUGGAGCCAGCGGAAGCCUUGUGGGCUGCUGAAGGCGACUCCGACUGGACUUGGAGGUGCUUAACUUGUGAAGGUCCUCCACCCCGCGUGGCCCAUGCCCAGGCCUCAGUCGGUUCAGCAGUCUACAUCUUUGGUGGGCGUUGUGGGACGGCCAUGGAGGAACAGCCACUGAAUGAUUUGUGGGUCCUCGACUGCGAUCGACCAGGGAAGGAAGCCUGGUCCAAAGUGCAGCUGGGUGCCGGAAGUGAUGAGCCUCCAGAGCCUAGAUCCUUUCACCGAAUGAUGGCCAUUGGGACCAACCUCUAUGUAUUCGGCGGCUGUGGUGCUAGUGGUCGGCUGGCGGAUCUGCACCAGUUCGACACUGUCAGGAGCACUUGGCAUAACCUUGCAACAUCCAAGUUGCGCGGCCGUGGUGGGCCAAAUCUCGUUCAUUUGGGCCAGUCCAAUCGCCUUGCGGUGGUGGCUGGCUUCGCUGGCAAGGAAACCAACGACGGGCACGCCUAUGACCUGAGCAUGGGUGCCUGGGAGCAGUCCCUUCUUUCAGGACUGGCCGAUCUUCGCCCACGCAGUGUGUCCGUAGCCAUCUCCUUUCACAGUUUCAGCGCAGUUUUUGGAGGGGAAGUGAACCCAUCCGAUCUGGGACAUGAAGGUGCUGGGGGAUUCGAAAAUGACGUGGCCCUACUUGACGAUUCUGGCGCACUCAUGGCCACCAUUCCCGCUGAUCAUACGUGGCCGGAGCCCCGGGGCUGGAGCGAUGGCACGAGGGCGAAUGGAGAUUUUCGCUUCUACAUCUUUGGAGGGCUCACGGGAGAUGACCAGAAUCCUCGAAGACUUAAUGACUUGUGGCAGUGUGACGUGGAAUAGUUUCGACAUGUUUCGAUUAUUUUUUUCGAUAUACUGUAUUUCGAGGGGUGGUUUUAGUUUUUUUGGAGAUCGAGCGAUGGAUUUUUUGUAGUUGUCAUUCUCCUCCCCGGCGAACGCAGAACACGAAGAGACGGGGAUGGUUGCGACCGACCUUCCGCCAAAGAAUGCGGAGUGGAGACAACCGGAACAUGCGGAACCUGCCAUUCCCUUUUAAGGAUGGCGGACGACAGCUUUGAGCCAACUGUUUAUCAUGUAAAAUGCCAGUUUCAUUGCAGAGGUGAUUCUUACUGUUCUUUUCCGC